AAUUCGAAAGGCAUUUUAAUAAAUAUUGGUACGAGUUUAAUCUAUAGGUUGUCCUCAGUAUCACACAUGACUUUGGAGACUCUGACAACAAUUCUUGGUCAAUUGAUGUGUGUUGGUGCUCUAACAUCAUUAGUAACUUAUGAGAGUUUGUGGAUGGAUUACUUCAAUCAAGUUUGGUUGUUGAAGAGCACCCUUAAGUUAAAAUUCGACGUCUAUAAGUUUAAAUUAAUUGUUGUGGCUGUAGCUUUGGAUAUAUUUUGGAUUGUGACCAAUGCCAUUUUUAUAAAAUACAUUUAUGGUGCAUUUUCACACCUGUUAUAUGUAGACAUCAUUGUGCACUCUUUGUAUCACUUGACAUGUUCUUAUUUUAUAGUAAACGUUGUCAAAUUCACCAGGCAAUGUCUGGCCCAAACCAACAAAGUACUACAACAAAGACUUCUGAGUGCAACAAACGAUUUGCCAGCAAAAAUCAGACACAUCACUAUAAUAUACGAGGACAUCAGAACCCUGAACAAAAUCUUCGAAGACUUGUUUGGUUGGAGGAUGUUGCUGAUGAUUGUAGGUGCAGGUCUGAUCAUGUUGAACACCUUCAACUUCCUCCUUCAGCUUCUGCUGACAUCAGAAAACGUCCUCAUCAUCGCCACCACCUUACUCAUAGGGUUGUUCGGAGUUUCGUCUUCAGUGUGGGUGAUGCAAGAGUGCGACGCCACAGCAAACGAAGGUCAGACCAUCGCAACGACGGCGUUAAAAUACGAAAAAAACUUUCCGCUGAAUUCCGAAGAGAGGAGGGAGCUAAUGAGGCUGGCCGGCUGCGUUAUGCACAGGAAAAUUGCCUUCACAGCCGCAGGAUUCUUCGGCGUCAACCGCAGGAACAUUUUCGCCCUGUUUGGCACUGCGACCACGUACUUUAUUAUCUUAAUUCAAUUAAUGAAUGUGUAAAA